AAAGAAAAGUGCUUGAAAUCUGAUUCUUACUUUGCUACCUUUUUCUUCUUCCUCCUCCUCACUCAUUCUCUGACACACACCUCCCUCUCUUCUUCUCCCAACAAAUUUUUCUUGAUUUUGGCAAAUAUCUAUCUACAUGUAAAUUGUAAAAAAAUGCUAGUAGAUCUGUAUUAGGACCGGACCUUAACCGAGUCUACACAGAGCGAUUGAGAGAUCUGUAAUGUGUGCGUUGAUGAUCAAGUUCACAUUUCUGUGCUCAAAGUGUUAAUCUUUGUUGCAUAUUUCAUCUGGGUUUCCGAAACAUUUGAUCGUUUUGGGUUUCAAUAAAAGUUUGAUUGCGUUUCUCUCGAAAAGGAGUGAUUUUUUAAUUUCCCAGGACGAGAUUUGGAUACAUUGUGGGGUGGUGAGGAAGAAACUGGCGAGAUUACAAGCGAUUGUGAAAAAUCUGAAGCUAAUAAUAAGAGGAAGAAGAGGAGGCAUCAUGGGUCCUAGUGGGAACGGCCCAGUGAUACCAAUUCUAGGUUUCGUUACUUGUGUGGCUUUUAUCUACCUCUCCUUUGGAGAUUUGUGGUUUGAUUCCAAAUGGGAUGAUCCCCAGUCUGGAGGAUUCGUGAAACGGAACGGGACACAGUUCGUGGUCGACGGCAAGGCUCUCUAUGUGAAUGGCUGGAACUCUUACUGGUUCAUGGACCAUGCCGUCAAUGAUCAUAGCAGACACCGUGUCGGUGCUAUGCUUGAAGCUGGAGCCAAAAUGGGUCUCACUGUUUGUAGAACUUGGGCAUUCAAUGAUGGAGCCUACAAUGCUCUUCAGAUCUCUCCUGGCAGAUUCGAUGAACGAGUCUUCAAGGCCUUGGAUCAUGUAAUCGCAGAGGCAAAAACACAUGGUGUUAGGUUGCUUCUUAGCUUAGUGAACAACUUACAAGCUUAUGGAGGGAAGACUCAGUACGUCAAUUGGGCAUGGCAAGAAGGUGUAGGCCUCAGCUCGUCCAAUGAUUCUUUCUUCUUUGACCCAUCUAUCCGCAGAUACUUCAAGAACUAUCUCACGGUAUGUUUUUAUUUUAUUUAUAAUCCUCAUCUCUUCUUCUUGAUUUUUUAAAAUGGAUGUGUUACUCU